CCGCCACUCGACCCCUCAGAUGCGCCUCCGUUCAGUAUGAUACCCCCCGAUGAUUCCGAUCCGAGGCCUGCUCGCACCGUGACGUCCCCGCCAGCAUCGCCUUCGCCAGACACGACCAUCACUUGGCCGCCUCCACCACUGCUGACCAUCACCGCCCCUCCAGGACCAGCGCCGCCGGACCCAGCCGCCAUCGUAAUCUCACCCCCGCAUGAUCCGCCGCCUCCGGCGAUAACACCGCCACCGCUCUCGCCAGAUCCACUAGCUAUGUCCAUGCUGCCACCAAUACCCUCGGUAGACGUGCCAGCCGCGAUCCUAACACGACCACCUCCUUCUUUUCCCCCAUCGCCACCUUCGACAUUGCCGCCGGCCCCCGUCCCACUGCCACCGCUUCCAAUCAUCAUACCACCACCGGGACCCUCGACACUACCCAUCCCCCCACUAGACACGCACAUUUCGCCGCCACCAUCACUGCCACGUCCACCCACUAAGGAUAUACCUCCACCGCUCGCGUUGCCGUCACCUGCAGCGAGCUCCACGCACCCACCCGUUCCUUGA